UCAGUAAGAGGGGAAAAGAGAGAGCUUGUGAGAGACAGCAGAGCGGUCCCAGGCUUCCUCAUCUCGUUCACGUCAGAGGCAGGAACCGACUGUGCUAAGGCUGUUGGCUCAACACGCAGAGACAGAGCCCGAGCAGCCUCAGAGACAGGGAAAGAAGAGACCUCCCUGACCCAAGAAAUUACCACGAGUGGAGUAAAGCCAUCUGACUUUUUGGUCUUAUUUUGGUCGCUUCUUCUCUCCUUCUACUGGUAGACCUACCAGCUGCUGUUUCGUUUCUUUCGUAAAGCCUUCUCUCUGCCUCUCAGAAAAAAAAAAAAAAAAAAAAGAAGAAGAAGGCAAGAGAGGGAGAGAGGUGGGCGCUCUAGGUGAGCGCAUCAGCUGGCUCCAGCCCGAACGGACACGAAUUCUCUACCUUGGAAGCUGCUUUAGCUCUCAGCUACCCACCCCCAACCUGGGUGUCUGCAUCAACUCAUUGCUCAGAGGUCGGAUCUCAUCUGGAGUUAGACUCACAGAGCACGUGGUCAAGAGAAACCAUCCGAGAGGACAACAUCACGAGAUUCCUAUAACUCCAUGCUGGCUACUACUGAGAGCUCUUGAACCAAGCUCUGGCUGAGAAGAUGGGGAUCGAUGGGGAAACAGUAGUCUUGAAGAACAUGCUCAUUGGUGUAAACCUGAUCCUGUUGGGAUCCAUGCUCAAGCCUUCUGAGUGUCGGCUGGAGGUGACUACAGAAAGGGUUCAGAGACAAACUGUGGAGGAGGAAGUAGGGGCUUCCAGCUACAACACUUCCAGCAAGGAACAACCUAUGGUCUUCAACCAUGUAUAUAACAUCAACGUGCCACUUGAAAGCCUCUGCUCCUCGGGGCUGGAGGCCUCAGCCGAGCAGGACAUGAGUGACGAAGAUGAUACUCUGGCCGAAUACACAGGCCAAACCUCAGACCAUGAAAGCCAGGUCACCUUCACCCACAAGAUCAACCUCCCCAAAAAAGCCUGCCCAUGUGCAAGCUCUUCCCAGGUACUGCAGGAACUGCUGAGCCGGAUCGAGAUGCUGGAGAGGGAGGUGUCCUUGCUGCGAGACCAGUGCAGUACCAACUGCUGUCAGGAAAGCGCUGCCACAGGACAACUGGACUAUGUCCCUCACUGCAGCGGCCAUGGCAACUUUAGCUUCGAGUCCUGUGGUUGCAUCUGCAAUGAAGGCUGGUUUGGCAAGAACUGCUCAGAGCCCUACUGCCCACUGGGCUGCUCCAGUCGGGGGGUGUGUGUCGAUGGCCAGUGCAUUUGUGACAGUGAAUACAGCGGAGAUGACUGUUCAGAGCUCCGGUGCCCAACAGACUGCAGUUCCCGAGGGCUCUGUGUGGAUGGGGAAUGUGUCUGUGAAGAGCCCUACACAGGCGAGGACUGCAGGGAGCUGCGCUGCCCUGGGGACUGUUCAGGGAAGGGGCAAUGUGCCAAUGGUACCUGCCUGUGCCAAGAGGGCUAUGUUGGUGAGGACUGCAGCCAGCGACGGUGUCUGAAUGCCUGCAGUGGGCGAGGUCACUGCCAGGAGGGUCUCUGCAUCUGUGAGGAAGGCUACCAGGGCCCUGACUGCUCAGCAGUUGCCCCUCCAGAGGACUUGCGAGUGGCUGGUAUCAGCGACAGGUCCAUUGAGCUGGAAUGGGACGGGCCGAUGGCAGUGACGGAAUAUGUGAUCUCUUACCAGCCGACGGCCCUGGGGGGCCUUCAGCUCCAGCAGCGGGUGCCUGGAGAUUGGAGUGGUGUCACCAUCACGGAGCUGGAGCCAGGUCUCACCUACAACAUCAGCGUCUACGCUGUCAUUAGCAACAUCCUCAGCCUUCCCAUCACUGCCAAGGUGGCCACUCAUCUCUCCACUCCUCAAGGGCUACAGUUCAAGGCGAUCACAGAGACCACCGUGGAGGUGCAGUGGGAGCCCUUCUCUUUCUCCUUCGACGGGUGGGAGAUCAGCUUCAUUCCAAAGAAUAAUGAAGGAGGGGUGAUUGCUCAGCUCCCCAGCGACGUUACAUCCUUUAACCAGACAGGACUGAAACCUGGGGAGGAGUACAUUGUGAAUGUUGUGGCUCUAAAGGAACAAGCCCGUAGCCCUCCUACCUCUGCCAGCGUCUCCACUGUCAUUGACGGGCCCACACAGAUCCUUGUCCGAGAUGUCUCUGAUACUGUGGCUUUUGUGGAAUGGACCCCACCUCGAGCCAAAGUUGAUUUCAUUCUCUUAAAAUAUGGCUUGGUGGGUGGCGAAGGUGGGAAGACGACCUUCCGGCUGCAGCCUCCCCUAAGCCAGUAUUCAGUGCAAGCCCUUCGACCUGGCUCCCGCUAUGAGGUAUCCAUCAGCGCAGUCCGGGGGACCAAUGAGAGUGAUGCCUCAAGUACACAAUUUACAACAGAGAUUGAUGCUCCCAAGAAUUUGCGAGUGGGUUCCCGCACAGCAACUAGCCUCGACCUGGAAUGGGAUAACAGCGAGGCCGAAGCUCAGGAGUACAAGGUUGUGUACAGCGCCCUAGCCGGUGAACAGUACCAUGAAGUGCUGGUACCCAAGGGCAUCGGCCCAACUACCAAGACCACCCUCACAGAUCUGGUUCCAGGCACAGAGUAUGGAGUUGGAAUAUCUGCGGUAAUGAACUCAAAACAAAGCAUUCCUGCCACCAUGAAUGCUAGGACUGAACUUGACAGUCCCCGAGACCUCAUGGUAACAGCCUCCUCAGAGACCUCUAUCUCUCUCAUCUGGACCAAGGCCAGUGGUCCCAUUGAUCACUACAGAAUUACUUUUACCCCAUCUUCUGGGAUCUCCUCUGAAGUCACUGUGCCCAGGGAUAGGACUUCAUACACACUAACAGACCUAGAGCCUGGAGCCGAAUACAUUAUCUCCAUCACUGCUGAGAGGGGUCGGCAGCAGAGCCUGGAGUCUACUGUGGAUGCCUUCACAGGCUUCCGCCCUAUCUCCCAUUUGCACUUUUCUCAUGUGACCUCCUCCAGUGUCAAUAUUACCUGGAGUGACCCAUCUCCCCCAGCAGACAGACUCAUUCUGAACUACAGCCCCAGGGAUGAAGAGGAAGACAUGAUGGAGGUCCUCUUGGAUGCCACCAAGAGGCACGCUGUCUUGAUGGGUCUACAGCCAGCCACUGAAUAUAUAGUGAACCUUGUAGCCGUCCAUGGGACGGUAACCUCUGAACCCAUAGUGGGUUCUAUCACUACAGGAAUUGAUCCUCCCAAAAACAUCACAAUUAGCAAUGUGACUAAGGACUCCCUGACGGUGUCCUGGAGCCCUCCUGUUGCGCCUUUUGAUUACUACCGAGUAUCAUAUCGACCCACCCAAGUGGGACGGCUAGACAGCUCCGUGGUGCCCAACACUGUGACAGACUUCACCAUCACCAGGCUGUAUCCAGCUACUGAAUACGAAAUAAGCCUCAACAGUGUCCGGGGCAGGGAGGAGAGUGAACGCAUCUGCACCCUGGUGCACACAGCCAUGGAUAGCCCCAUGGAUUUGAUCGCGACCAACAUCACACCGACAGAAGCCCUGCUCCAGUGGAAAGCACCCAUGGGUGAAGUGGAAAAUUAUGUCAUCAUCCUCACACACUUUGCAAUUGCUGGAGAGACCAUCCUGGUUGACGGAGUCAGCGAAGAAUUCCAGCUUGUAGACCUGCUUCCUAGCACCCACUACACUGUCACUAUGUAUGCCACCAGUGGGCCUCUCAUGAGUGGCACCAUUGCCACCAACUUCUCCACCCUCCUGGACCCUCCUGACAACCUGACAGCCAGUGACGUCACCAGGCAAAGCGCACUGAUCUCCUGGCAGCCGCCCAGAGCUGCGAUUGAAAACUAUGUCUUGACAUACAAGUCCACCGAUGGAAGCCGCAAGGAACUGAUUGUGGAUGCUGAAGACACCUGGAUCCGACUGGAGGGCCUGUCAGAGAACACAGACUACACAGUGCUCCUGCAGGCAGCUCAGGAGGCCACAAGGAGCAGCCUCACCUCUACUGUCUUUACCACAGGGGGCCGGGUGUUCUCUCAUCCUCAAGACUGUGCCCAGCAUUUGAUGAAUGGAGACACUCUGAGUGGCGUUUACACCAUCUUCCUCAAUGGGGAGCUAAGCCACAAGUUGCAAGUAUACUGUGACAUGACCACAGAUGGGGGCGGCUGGAUUGUAUUCCAGAGGCGGCAAAAUGGCCAAACUGAUUUUUUCCGGAAAUGGGCAGAUUAUCGUGUUGGCUUUGGGAACCUGGAGGAUGAGUUUUGGCUAGGGCUAGACAACAUCCACAGGAUAACAGCCCAGGGCCGCUACGAGCUGCGUGUGGAUAUGCGGGAUGGACAGGAAGCAGUCUUUGCCUACUAUGACAAGUUCGCUGUGGAGGACAGCAGAAGCCUGUACAAGCUCCGCAUAGGAAGCUACAAUGGCACUGCAGGAGAUUCCCUCAGCUAUCACCAGGGACGUCCUUUCUCCACUGAGGACAGAGACAAUGAUGUUGCAGUCACCAACUGUGCCAUGUCCUACAAGGGUGCUUGGUGGUAUAAGAACUGUCACCGGACCAACCUCAACGGGAAGUAUGGCGAGUCCAGGCACAGUCAGGGGAUCAACUGGUACCAUUGGAAAGGCCACGAAUUCUCCAUCCCCUUUGUAGAAAUGAAGAUGAGGCCCUACAUCCAUCGUCUCACAGCCGGGAGGAAACGGCGAGCCUUGAAAUUCUGAGCACCGGGCAGCCAGCCACCAGCCAAACGAUCUUUUCUGUCAUUUGUUUGUAUUUUAUAAUAUGAGACAAGGGGGGAGGGGCAACAGUAAUGUGCUUCACAACAUAUUCAGACUAUCUGAAGGAAGCAGGGAUCAGUUAGGCACCAUCUGCUCCUAGUUUCUGCUGCCUUGGAGCCUGACUCGCAGGCUACAUGCUCCCUGCUAACCAGUCCUGCCUGAUCACCCCCCUCUUUUCUCACAGAGGAGGAAAACUGGGGAGUUAAAAAAAAAAAGAAAGAAAGAAACAGGCCAUGAAGUACAGAUUGUUACGGUGAUGGGCACACACACACACAACUUUCUCUAUCCCUUCUUCUGAGAUACCUUCCAACUUCUAAGUAAUAGUAAUCUGGUCACCACUGCCUAUGGCCAGGUGACCACAUCAUCCCAGAAAAGCUUCUAGAAGAAAGCUUGGCCAAUCUUCUCUUGAGAAGGAAGAUACCCACCACACCCUGGCGCAAUAGCCCAAGUUCAUUGCAAUGGGCUAAAGAUUCUCACAUUCUGAGAGUUAACUUUUAGGAGGCAUAGCCCCUCUUCCAUCCCCAUCCCCUCCUUACUUCUGUCCCCUAGAUCCUAUAGACCUACCAACCCAACCACUGUUUAGAACUCCAGUUACCAAAGCUGUCUGAACCUGACCCGGGGUCAUACAAUAGCUGUGCCCUGUGUGUCGUAAGUCAUUGUCAUGGAAUAACUUUCUUUGGUGGUGAGACUUGGGGCAAGGGUAUUGUUUCUAGCACAUUUGUAUCAGAUGUUGACAAAGGACAGGAGUGGAAAUGAGGGCACCUACCAGGGAUCGUGGAGGUCUGAUGGGAAACUGACCUGACUCAGUGCUGCCUUGUGCAUUUGUGAUCUGAUUUACCACGGAUUCCUUUCCCUGAGUCCUAGCUGAAGGUCUCUAGCUCUGUACCCAGUCCGGCUAUCCUCAGUGCAAGUGGCUUCAGAAGAAUCAGGGGGGGAAGUUGUAUGAGCCAUUCCCCUGACUGAUUACACUGGGAGGAGACAGAACGUUUGUCCUGCUUUCUUGUUUGCUUUGAUCCUGUGGUAAACAGAACUGACCCCCUCAAUGAGGUGAGAUCAUGAGAAAUAUUUUCCAUCUCCCUCUGUUAUCCUGCUUUGAGAAGAAAAAUGAAAAGUGCCAGAGGAAAUUGCAUUUAGAACUCCAAAGGUGAGAGGAGUGAUCUCCCCAGCCCACCCCAUGAUUUGAUUUUUAAAGCCCAGGAGAACUGGAGGCUAUAGAAGCCAUGACCUUUCAGCUUCUCCUCAAAUAAAACACCAGUCAGUCUUCCCUGCAGCAUCUUCCCAAACUGUGCCAAGUUUCUCAACUGCCUUUUCCCUGUCUCCCUGUCCUCUCCCAUCUCUGAGGACCCAGUGUGUGCUAAUAGGGCCCAGGGCUACUGUCUGGGUCAUCGUAUACCUAUGCCAACCAGUUAAUGAGUAAGUUGGCAUCUUGAAAUAGAAACAGCCACCAUCUAACCAAGCUUUGAACCAGAAGCAAGAGUCCUCCUGAGUUGAUGAUCACCUGCUUAGCAUCGUGACAUUGGAGUUAGCUUGUCAUUUUUCUGUAGUCUCUCCCAUCUUUGUGAUACAGAAUCACUGACCUACUCAAGGCCAAAAACACAGGUGGAGUUUUCACUUUUUAAUCCAUCAUGGGCUUCAAGCAGCUAAGAGAGGAGGAAGAGGGGGAAGCCUCUAGGUCAGCUGAUAUUUAACUAGAUGUGGGCCAACCAUGCAGAACUGGAGGUAAGCACACUUAAAGAGGGACUUGAGGGGCAUGGUAUGAGGUUGUCUCUGCCACCAUGACAGCUACACGUGCUUGAUGGGUUUGUUCAAAUCUCUGGGCCUUGGUUUCCUCACCCAAUUGAAUCAGAGUUUAGACUGAAAGGAUUUCUAAUGCCUCUUUAGGUUUAACAAUCUGUGAUAGGAAAGCAGAAUCAAAGUUGGCCUUGAUUAAGGAAAAGCCAGAAUCCCUGUGAAGGACAUGGGGAAAGGGAAAAGGGGGAAAGAGACUGACUCAGAACUCUCUGUGUCUCUCAUAGACAC